GCAUUUUGGAUCUUAUAUUUAAUGUUUGAAUCCGGCGUGUUUUCAUUUCCUAUCUUUGGCAGUAGUGUUGGGCACUGUUCAAAACCAUGAGUAUAAUACUGGGAGUUUUCUCUGCCUUUGGAACCAUUAUCAUAAUGUUAUGGUUGCACAUCAAACACAAAUGGAAAUUGUUGGAAAAGUGGAACAUACCACAUACCAAACCAACAUUCAGAAAUUUGGGGCACAUGCGGAAUGUGCUGCUUGCUAAAGACAAGAACCAGUUUUUGAAAGUUGGAUGCCCAUAUAUGAACAAUUCAGUUAACAAUACCACAGGACAACAGUGGAAAAGAAUAAGGUCACCGUUAAGUCCAUCUUUUUCGUCUGGCAAGCUCAAACAGAUGGCAUCUAUAGUACCAUCAUGUACACAGAACACUAUUUCUUGUUUGAAAUUGGCUAAAGAUGGUAUUUUCUACCCAAAGAGAGUGAUUGGGGAUCUUACUCUGGAUGUUAUAUGUUCUGCUGCUUUUGGUGUUGAUCUCAAAAUUUCAUCUACUUUCUGUUUCCUUGGAGAAAUAUGCAGAAGUCCUCAACAUUUCGGUUUUUCCAUCUGUCUCACUCGUAAUGAAAUCAUUGGAAAUGCGAUAUUCAUGCUGAUAGCAGGUAAUGAUACAACUGAAACUACAAUCACUUUUCUUCUUUAUAAUCUGUCAACCCAUCCUCAGGUUCAGGAGAAAAUAAUAAAAGAGAUUGAUGAAGUGGUUGCAAGAGAGGGUGAUCUAAAUUACCAGAAUGUCAAUAAGAUUAAAAUUUCGGAUAUGUGUGUUAAAGAAACAUUGAGAAUGUAUGCACCAACCUUAAGAAAUGCACGAUGUGGACAGAAGGAUAUGAGAAUUAAAGGUUUUCUCUUUCCAAAAAAUGUUAUCAUCGAUAUUUCAUUGUAUGAAAUUCAUCAUGAUCCAGAUAUAUGGGACAAACCAUGUGAAUUUCGCCCUGAAAGCCUCUUGGUGCUGGUCCUAGGCAUUGCAUUGGCAUGAGAUUUGCAGUAAUGGAAAUAAAGUUGACUACAUGCAUGCUACUGCAACACAUCAGAUUUGAACCCCAUUCAACACUGACACAUAAACCGCCAUUGAUACCAGUUUUUAAAACUUUGGUGCAGUCGCCUGACAUAGAAUUGAAAGCUGUGUCAAGAACAACCUGAUCAACGGAAAAUACUGUAAACCUAUAUUCUUGCGUACAUCUAUAUCAGUGGCAAUCGAUCUUACUAUGUAUCAUUCAAUAAAUUGUACUCAUGGCCGGCAAUAGAAUAAUGAAAUGAAUGAAACAGGAAUGUAUUAUUAUUUCGUUAGAGAGUUGGGGAUAGGGAUGUUUCGAUUUUUUUUUUCGAAUGUUUCUGAAUUGAAUUUUACUUAGUAUAC